AUGGCGGAUUGGAAUCCACCACCUCACCCUCGUAGCCGUAAUGAGCCAGAGCGUUAUGGCAACCUCCAAACCACCAGCACCAGCCGGCCUGGAACCAAUGGACCACGGUCAAAGAUUGGAUCCAGGGCGGGAUCAACAGCCAGCAGUAAGCAAAGGGCAAAUGAAGGCAAAGGUAAGCUUUCAAUUACCACUCAGGCUCUGCAAAAGGACUCAACCAACCUUCCAUUGACAACAGAAGUUGGUAAAAUACAACCAUCAGUGGCAGGACCUUCCAGCUCAGUAGAUGAUCCAUAUGUUUGGUCUGAGAGUGGUCAAACCGGAAGCUCAGCAGCUGAAGACGGCCAUGAACCACCAGCAGAACUCCCAUCUGAGUCCCUCAAGGAAUUUUUGAAAGUAUUUAAUGGUAAUUUAGAAGUUUUGGAUUCCAAUAUCAGAGAUUUUAGUAAUGAAUCAGGUUCUAAAUUUUCAGAAGUAUUAAAAAAAGAAUUUCAUCUUUUAGAAGUUGUUAAUGCACAAUACAAAGAACUUUAUAAGGUUAUCAGGCAAGAUAACAAAGAUGUUUCUAGUUUAAAUAAAAAGUUUGUUUCCUUUCUAAAUCAAUUUCCUUCAGAGUCUUUGAAUUUGUUUUUAGAUAAAAAUUCAUCCUCUUUGUUUUCUCUGAAUGAUAUUAAUGAGAAUAUUUUAGAGUUCAAAAAUACUUUGAAUGAGUUUUGUGAAAAUCAUGAGAGUGAGAGACCCACCGUAGUUCAACAUGAUCAAGUUCUAACUACACUGUUACAAAAUCUUCAUCAUAAGUUGUAUGAAAAACUUGACAACAAGUUUCAUCAGAACACCAGUCUGUCUAGUGAUGAAAUGAACAAAUUCAUCCAAGACCAAAAACUUGCGGUUGAAAAUGAGAAAAUCCAGCGGAGUAAUUUUCAAGACUUUCUUGCAAGAAGUCUAGAAGAAAUUAAAGAAAGUCAAGCAAAGUUUGAAAACUCUACUAAUAGUAAAUUAGAUAAAAUUGAAAAGAUGUUGCUGAAAAUGACAAAUAGCAAUAAGCAAGACAUAGAGCAAGUGCAGGAACAAGUACAAAACAAUACUUUACCUACAAAUAGAGUUGGCUCAAUGGUGAGAAAUUUUGAAGGUAUCAGCCAAACUCCCAUGCAAGGCGGUUCAACAAGAAAUGCAAGAUAA